AUGAGUAUUAAUAUGCAAUACGAGUCAUUCAUGCAUAUGAUCUAUAUUCGCACUUGGUGGUACAACACGACCUACGCACUCUACGGGUCAAUGAUCCUGCUCCAUCUCAUCCUCUCGAAUUACCCAGGACUCCCAGAUGACGAGCUCCUCGAAGAUGUCGAAAAAUCCCUCGAAAUCUUUUCCUCCAUGGGCGACAUUAUCGUCUCCCGUCGCUGCGUCGAAAUGCUCCGCGAAGUCUUGGGGGUUGCGCGCACAUGUUUAGCUAGAAGACGAUCGUCUUCCCACGGACCCACCACAGCCAACUUCCUAGACUCGGAGGGCCAUAUCCAUCCUCAACAGGAAUCAUGA